GGCAGGGAAACCCCGCAGCCACAUUGUGUUUUGCUGUCACAGUUAGAAGUAUGCUUUCGUCCACUCCCACCCACUGUGGGGUGUGAGGGAGGCGGGAAGAGAGACUAUGGACAUGCUGGAGGAUGAGUCGCUGUUGAAGAGUCGUACCGGACAGGGACCGGAGCCGAGCCCGGGGGCAGCGCGUCCUGCCUGGGCAACGGCGGUUCUGGCCACCGUGCUGAUCUUCACUACUGUGGUGGAUGUCCUGGGAAACCUGCUCGUCAUUCUGUCCGUGCUUAGGAACCGUAAACUACGGAAUGCUGGAAAUGUCUUUGUGGUGAGCCUGGCCUUUGCAGAUUUGGUGGUUGCAUUCUACCCAUACCCUCUGGUGUUGUACGCCAUCUUCCAUGAUGGCUGGUCACUGGGAGACACCCAGUGCAAGGUGAGUGGCUUCCUGAUGGGCUUGAGCGUCAUUGGCUCGAUCUUCAACAUAACAGGCAUUGCCAUCAACCGCUACUGUUACAUCUGCCAAAACUUCAGCUACGACACGCUUUACAGCUACCGCAACACGCUGCUGCUGGUAGCACUCAUCUGGCUACUGACGGUCUUAGCCAUCGUGCCCAACUUUUUUGUUGGCUCGCUGCAGUACGACCCCCGCGUUUACUCAUGCACAUUUGCACAGACAGUCAGUGCGACCUACACCAUCACGGUGGUGGUUGUCCACUUCUUCGUGCCCAUUGCUGUAGUCACCUUCUGCUACCUGCGAAUCUGGAUCAUGGUCAUCCAGGUGAGGCGGAAGGUGAAGUCAGAGGUCCGCCCUCGCAUCAAGCCCAGUGACCUGAGGAACUUUAUCACCAUGUUUGUGGUGUUCGUGCUGUUUGCUAUUUGUUGGGCACCGCUCAACUUUAUCGGGCUUGCUGUUGCUGUCAACCCUGAAGAAGUGGCGCCUCACAUCCCAGAGUGGCUAUUUGUGGUCAGCUACUUUAUGGCUUACUUCAACAGUUGCCUUAACGCUAUUAUCUACGGCCUGCUGAACCAGAACUUCCGUAGAGAGUACAAGCGGAUUGUCAUGUCUGUGUGGAAGCCACAACUCUUUUUCCAAGAGACGUCCCGGGGGGGCACUGAGGGCAUAAAGAUGAAACCUUCGCCCGGACUCAAUAGCAACGAGCUAAAUAAAGGAGAAACUCUGUGACAGUUUCCCCUUCUUUCAUGUCCUUUGCACCAACUGUACCAAAGCAAUGGAACGAAUUCAGAAAGAGUGGCUAACUCAGCGUUACUGAGAUUUAUGAAAAAAAUAUGACAAAAGUGACAUAUUGACUAUUAUAGCUGUGUUAUCCAUUCCACAAAGAAUGCCAUUUGUAAAAUGAAGGCUCUUUUAUUUCUGUUGGUACUGAUUUUAUCUUAAGAAAACCCGUUUUUUCUAAAUAUGAGAAAAUAGUGUUUUUUUAAAGGUUUAAAUGUCUAAAACUCAUCACUCAUCUUUGUUUACACUAAAUCACCACAGAUGAUACCAAACUCACAUCAGAAUAAGAUUGUGCUAUCAGAGGGAAGAGAAACAAGGAUAUAAAACACAGAUAAUAGUUAUGAUAAGAUACUACGAUCUUUGUCUGACAUUUUGACAAUUAAGACAAUGAAGUCUGGCAUUUUAUGGAUCCAAAUGAUGAACCCUAAAGCAUUUUGACACUUCCUUUCCUAUCACUAAUGACAACCAUUUCAAAAUGGAUGAGUCCUAAAAAUGUAUUGCAAUUUAUUAUGUAGUAUGUUUUGUACUCCUCAGGGUGUCUGCCUCUACGCUGUGUACUUGAAAGUGGCGGCCCAAACAGAUUAGUAAUUCCACACCAUGAUCCAGGAUGGUUGUCUAAAAGUCCUUCUGGAUUCCAGUACUGUAUUGUUAUUGUACUAAUUGUGUGAUUUUUGCUCAUCAAAUGUUAUUGCUAUUGUAUAACAGUAGCUAUUUUAUCUCUAAUUUCUACCAGAAUCGUUUUCCCUUUCUCUUUGUUACUGGAUAAUGCCUCAAUUUGUUUAUGAGCAUUUAAAGGUUUGUCAAAGGUG